AUGUUCCAUCCAAUCAUUCUUCCAAAGCUCAUUUAUCCAUCAACCAUUCACCCCUCGUGUCCUUCUUUAUGUGUAGGUUUUUGGCGUAAAUAUGAAAAGGGAAUGCGAACUAUUUCUAUACCAUUCCUUUCUCGCUCCAAUUGUUGGGGGACAGCUGCGGGGUGUGAUCCAACAUCGCAAGAUGAGAAGAUGGCCGUGGCGUGGUUUGUGUGUCUAAAUAUCAUGUAA